GGCUCCCGGCGUGCGUCGCGGCCCACGGCCUCCGCAUCCAUGAUUACUUGUACUUCCAAGUGCUGAGUCCUGGGGACAUUCGGUACAUCUUCACAGCCACACCUGCCAAGGACUUCGGUGGGAUCUUUCACACAAGGUAUGAGCAGAUUCACCUUGUUCCUGCCGAACCCCCCGAGGCGUGUGGAGAACUCAGCAACGGCUUCUUCAUCCAGGACCAGAUCGCUCUGGUGGAAAGGGGGGGCUGUUCCUUCCUCUCCAAGACCCGGGUGGUUCAGGAGCACGGCGGGCGGGCAGUGAUCAUUUCUGACAACGCAGUUGACAAUGACAGCUUCUAUGUGGAGAUGAUCCAGGACAGUACCCAGCGCACAGCUGACAUCCCCGCCCUCUUCCUGCUCGGCCGAGAUGGCUACAUGAUUCGCCGCUCCCUGGAACAGCAUGGACUGCCAUGGGCCAUCAUUUCCAUCCCGGUCAACGUCACCAGCAUACCCACCUUUGAGCUGCUGCAACCACCCUGGACCUUCUGGUAGAAGAGCUGCUCCCACUUUCCAGCCCUAAGUGACUCUGGGCUGGGACAGGGAGACCCAGGAAUUCUAUUUGGAAUUUGGGGAUAGCAUCUGGGGGCAAGAGGACCCAGGUUGAGGAAAAGGCCUUGGGCCUUGGUUAGGCUGGAGGAGGAAAGCCUCACUACUGGCCUUCCCUCCUCUGGGACCCCAAGAGUGUCUCAUGCUACAGGACAAGGCGAGAGUCAGACCCGGGAGCUGCCGGCUGGGAUCUAGAACAAAAGGAGCUAAAGGCAGAGAGCCUGGAGCCAUCCGUGGUCAGAUCCCACCUGGCUCCAGCCUCUCCCACCCAGGGUUUCCUCUCAAUGACUGUCACAGCACUUGCUGGAGUGGUUUAAGGAACUGGUGUUGAGGACUCAAUAAACCCUGACUUCUUAGCAAUAAAGCUUCCUUCCAGGGUUGCAA